GUUUUUAUCUCCUGGUAAAUGACGUCUGCAUUUCCUGUGUUUUUACCUGUGUCCACGACUUCAGUUCUGUGUCAUGUUGUUAAAUCAUUUCCUCAUAAUCAUGUGACAAAGAGGUAUUUAGAGAUAAGAGGCUGUAACAUGGGCAAAUGAAAAAUGAAAAAAACCAAGGCCUGAUUCACUUAUGGAGUUAGUAAGAAGAUUCUGAGAAUUUUAGACAUGAGUCUUCAGUUGACUUCCAUCACACAAACACCUGACAGACUGGUCAGCAAGGGAGCAGACUUCCUUCGUAAGGGGACUGCCAACUCAGGGAUUUUUGCUCGUAGACGCAAGAGUGCAGUGGAACUUUUAGAGGCUUCAAAGUCAGAAUACGUGAAAAGCACCAGGGUUUUAAACCACAAACAGGAGCUGAAGCACCCAGAAGUCCUACAUGUUGGGAACCAGUCAAACAGUUGCAUCUCUGGCAAUCGUCCUGCUCGCCCUGUGUCAGAGUAUGGAUUAGGAGUGGAUUCUGUUGAUCACGGAGGUGUUAAUAUUGCAUCACAUAAAUCCACUGAGAGGACCAAUAAUAUAUGUGUUCAAAAGAAAAAUUCAAAUAGCUCGGUGCACUCUAGUUCAUCAAAAAGACUUCGACCAGUGAGCGGGGAUAGUAAAAGACUUGGACCCAGUAGUACUGAUGGUGUUAGAAGUGGAGGUAGAGAUGAAGUUCCUGUGUCACCUGUGAUAAGUGAAAACAACAAAUCAAAGAUUUCUGUGUCUUUGUCAAUUAGUUUGGAGACUAAGUACAUGGAUAAAGGAAUAAGUGUGGAUUCUACUGCAAAUGAAAAACCAAAACUUCCAGAAAAGCCAAAGCUUCCAGAUAGGCCUAAACUUCCAGAAAAGCCAAAAAUUCCAGACAGACCUAAACCUCCAGUGAAAUCCAAGGAUUUCUUAGUUCCUACUUCACACCAGUCUCUUAGCACAUCAGUGACAGUGCUGGUAGAGAAACGAUGUGCUAUUCCCACUACAAAAGUAUCUGAAAAUGAAUUGGGUGUUGUCCGAAGAAAGAAAACACUCCACAGAUCUCAAUCUGACCUUAGUGGUCGACAUUCAAGAACAAGUUCAGAUUUGUCUGACCUAAGUUCAAGGCUUUCCAGAACAAGUACAGAACUGGAAAGAUUUUUUGAUGAAAUGGGCAUUGACCGUCUAGUUUUGGAUCCAAUGCUUAGACUUCAUCAUCGAACUCAAAAUAAUGACAUGUUUGAAACUCUGAGUUCUAUUGCAUCUGCUCCAAUUGAUAGAAGCUCCUGCAGUGAUGCUUCACAGGAUGGUGAAAUGUCGGAAACUGACAAGAAAAUUGCUGAAUGCAAUAGCAAACAAACCUCUAUAGUAGAAACAAAUGCUAGGAUUAUAAAAUGGUUGUGCAAUGUGAACAAAGCACAAAAACCCAAUCAGCAAUCUUCAUCCUAACAUAUAAUAACUGAUGAUAUUCCUUUGGAGUCAAAAUGGGUGCAGUUUUUAUUAUUUCAAGAUAUACUACAAAGUGAAGGGAUUGGAAAUUCCAGUUUGUUCUAAAGAAUCUCAGAAAAUAGAUGUCAGCUUUCAUUUACUAAUGACAAAUUCCAUUAUUGCAUGACUGUGUUCUGUGACUAUGGUAUUAUCAAUGAUGAAUUUGAUAAUAACUGGAAUAGAAAUCAUAUUCAACCAGUCUAUUUGUUAUUCAGUUAAAUCUUUGCUAUACAUGUUGAUACACUAGUGCUUUCAAAAAUUAAUAAAAGUAUAAUUGUCAUGUACAGUG